UAUAAGAAAUAACGGGACAAAGUGUACUUUUCUAAUUUAAUAAGGGAACUGGUUAACGUGGAACUUCAUUACAAUUCCAAAGUUGAUAUCUUUAACAUAAUUAAAAAGCUUUAGUUCCGCAAUUACAUGUUUUAGUGGACAUUUUCUUCUCGAAUCUUCUCCUUAAUACCGGGUUACCCAUAGUGCACUGCGGUUCUUCCUUUCUUCUCAGUUGUGUGGUUGUCCAAAAUGUCCCUCUUAGAUGGUCCGUUGAACGUGCUCGGCCAGAGGACAACUGGCGAGUCUGUUCGUACUCAAAAUGUCAUGGCCGCAUCAGCCAUCGCUAACAUCGUCAAGAGCUCCCUGGGACCUGUUGGCCUGGACAAGAUGUUGGUGGACGAAAUUGGGGACGUGACCAUCACCAACGAUGGAGCGACCAUCCUGAAGCUGCUGGAGGUGGAGCACCCAGCGGCCAAGGUCCUGUGUGAGCUGGCUGACCUGCAGGAUAAGGAGGUCGGGGACGGGACCACGUCUGUGGUAAUUCUUGCUGCAGAAUUGCUCAAAAGUGCAGAUGAGCUGGUGAAGCAGAGGAUUCACCCCACGUCAGUCAUCAGUGGAUAUCGUCUGGCUUGCAAGGAAGCAGUUCGCUACAUUAAUGAGAAUCUCACUAUUGGAACAGAGGAACUGGGCAGAGAGUGCUUAAUCAAUGCAGCCAAGACCUCCAUGUCCUCCAAAAUCAUUGGAACUGAUGCAGAUUUCUUUGCUAACAUGGUGGUGGAUGCUGCUCUUGCUGUGAAGUUUGUGGACGCCAAGGGGGUGGCCAAAUAUCCCAUCAACUCUGUGAAUGUGCUGAAAGCUCACGGCCGUAGCCAGAAGGAGAGCUUCUUGGUUAAUGGAUACGCAGUGAACUGCACUGUUGGGUCACAAAUGAUGGUGAAGCGUAUCCUCAACGCCAAGAUUGCCUGCCUGGACUUCAGUCUGCAGAAGACCAAGAUGAAGAUGGGAGUCCAAGUCCUGAUCAGCGACCCAGAGAAGCUGGACCAGAUCAGACAAAGGGAGUCUGAUAUCACCAAGGAGAGGAUCCAAAAGAUUCUGGCCUCAGGCGCAAACGUUAUCCUGACCACCGGUGGCAUUGAUGACAUGUGUCUGAAGUACUUUGUGGAUGUCGGAGCCAUGGCAGUGAGGAGGGUUCUCAAGAAGGACCUCAAGCGCAUUGCCAAGUCAACAGGAGCCACCGUCUGCCCUUCUUUGACCAAUCUGGAGGGAGAGGAGACAUUCGAGCCGACUAUGCUCGGCCAGGCUGAGGAGGUUGUGCAAGAUCGCAUCUGUGACGACGAGCUCAUCAUGGUCAAGAAUACCAAAGCACGCACAUCAGCAUCCAUCAUUCUGCGCGGGGCCAACGACUUCAUGUGUGACGAGAUGGAGCGCUCUCUGCAUGACGCUCUCUGUGUGGUCAAGAGGGUGCUGGAGUCAAAGUCUGUGGUGCCAGGAGGCGGCGCUGUGGAGGCAGCUCUGUCCAUCUACCUGGAGAAUUAUGCCACAAGCAUGGGUUCCCGGGAGCAGCUGGCUAUUGCCGAGUUUGCUCGUUCUCUCCUCGUCAUCCCGAAGACGCUGGCUGUAAACGCAGCUCAGGACUCCACAGAUCUGGUGGCAAAGCUUCGGGCCUUCCACAAUGAGGCUCAGGUUAAUCCUGAACGCAAGAACCUCAAAUGGAUUGGUCUUGACCUGCUCAACGGCAAACCUAGAGACAACCGUCAGGCGGGCGUGUACGAGCCCACCAUGGUGAAGACAAAGAGCCUCAAGUUCGCCACGGAGGCUGCGAUCACCAUCCUUCGUAUCGACGACCUCAUCAAACUGUUCCCAGAGCAGAAGGAGGGCGGGCAGUCGUACCAGGAUGCAGUGCAGUCUGGAUCUCUGGGUUAAAGGCUGUGAUUGGUCCUGAUAGGUUCAUCAUCUGUAUUUAUACGUAAGGAGCUCUUCAUGGCUGAUGCUCUAGUAUAGGUCGUGCACUUUGCCUGUUUACUGUUCUUUCACUCCCUCGCCUCCAGAGGAACUGUAAGUGAUAUUUUGUUUGGACACUUAAUAAAGCUCCAAUGUACAUGUACAUGACUUGAUUAGUUAAUUCCGAUUUUCAUUGAUGUGGUUAUUGUGCAAGCUUUCAUAAACGAGUUCCGAAGACGU